AUGGCUUUGGCAUCCAUGGAUGCUCUGGGAGCCUUCUCCCACCUUCAAAACAACCUGCCCUCUUGGAUCACUCGCGUCUCGGAACUGGCUGCACACACCUCUGCCAAACACGCCGAAUAUACCGCAGCAUACCGGCGACAUACCACAUACAAACCCCGGCGCCGAAGAAACAGCUCCGUAUGCUCCAUCCGCACCGAUGAUCUCGUCCCGAUCGCACAACAGCAGGGCCCGACCUCGGAAGCCAUCGAAGCAGCUACUACCACAACAUCCGAAAACGAUGCGCCAGUGCCAGUGCAAGUCGCUGGGCGUAAGCGCGGCACGGAUGAAGCCCCAUCGAUCGACUCAAGUGAACGAUACGCCUUCGUCAGCAUUCGACAUAAUGUUAUUAUCGAGUAUGAUGGCCACACGCAAAAGGCCCUGGAGGAGAUUGUUCGAGACAUUGGAAUUGCCAGGAACAAUAUCCGACGGGGAAAGAUGGGUAUGAUGCCUCGUGGAAGUCUUCGAUCAGCUCUACUCCACAAGACUUCUGUGGGUGGUGGCCAGCCAGGUGAAAAUGGGUCGCCAUUAUCCGCACUGUCUUAUGUUCGCAGCACGAGGACCGGCGGCGGUGUCGUCGGUGUGACUGGUUCUUCGGGACUUCGUAAGGAAUCUCCCUUUGACUUUGCCGACAAGCAGCUAGAGCUAGCCCACGGACUCUGCGAGACCGCCGCGUCCCAGGCCCUCCGAUCGGGUGACUGCGGUACCGAACUUGACGGUGUAGAGGAGAAGUUCAAAAUGCUACUGGAAAUGGCCAACAACGAAGUAAAGCGCCUCGAGGACGAAAAGAAACAACAGGAGGAAGAAGCCAAAGCACAGGCGGAAUCGCAAUCAGAAUCGGUCGAAGAGGACGCGCCCGCGAAACCACCCAUGACCCCGACCGCGGCACGACUCGCUCGAUUAGCCGCCCUCGCAGCGAGCAAGCCGACGACGACUGCGGUCGGCACCAUCGAAGUCGACGACGCCUCCUCGAUAUCGGCCGAAUCCAUCGACCUGUCUGCAUUCCGGUCCUCCCGGAUCCGAGUGUAG